GCAACAUAACACUGGCAGCUAGCCUAGCCGUGCUAACAGAGCUAAUCUGAUUUAUCGUCUCCGUUAAGCGCACGAAACGUUCACCAGGAUUACCAAAUUUAGUUUUCCUUAUAUCCCCCAAAGCGGCAUAUCAAUCUAAAAUCGUCCAGAUUCUGUUUUGGAGAAUGGCAUCUCUUGGGGAGCCUGUGCGACUGGAAAGAGAUAUCAACCGUGCAAUUGAGCUGCUUGAUAAGCUGCAGAGGACGGGAGAAGUUCCUCCUCAGAAGCUGCAGGCGCUGCAGAGGGUCUUGCAGAGUGAAUUCUGCAACGCUGUCAGAGAAGUUUAUGAGCAUGUGUACGAAACGGUGGACAUUAACAGCAGUCCUGAGGUCAGAGCCAAUGCCACAGCUAAGGCAACCGUGGCAGCUUUUGCAGCAAGUGAGGGACACUCGCAUCCACGUGUGGUGGAGCUGCCCAAGACAGAGGAAGGCCUGGGUUUUAACAUAAUGGGUGGAAAAGAGCAAAACUCGCCGAUUUACAUCUCACGGAUCAUCCCAGCAGGCAUCGCCGACCGACAUGGAGGCCUUAAAAGAGGCGACCAGCUUCUCUCUGUUAAUGGGGUGAGCGUGGAGGGUGAGCACCAUGAGAAAGCUGUGGAGCUCCUCAAAGCAGCCCAGGGCACAGUGAAGCUGGUUGUAAGGUACACCCCCAAAGUCCUUGAGGAAAUGGAGUCACGAUUUGAGAAAAUGAGGUCGGCAAAGCGCCGGCAACAGAACAACUACCCACAGUAGGAUUUUUCCAGCUUCCUGCUCAGUUCCCAUGGGUCUCCUCUUUUAGUUAUUUUGGUUAUCUGCUCUAGUCUCUUUUUAUCCCCUUGUUCACUCACUCUACUCCCUCCACACACAAAAGAAAAAGAAAACUUGACUAAUUUUAGGUAUUUCUAUCAUAUGCUGUAUAUUGUGCUUCUAAUCUCCUCUGUAGCAUUUUAAUAUUAACCACUGUUACUGUACUCGACACUAAAACUCUAGAUACACUAGAAUGAUCAUGAUUGUCUGUGACUUGACAAUUUGAAUGCAGAGUUGGCUUUUUUUUUUUUACGUAAACUGUGUGACUCUUUUUGACGGAGAAGGUUUUUAUUUGUUUCGUCACGGCCACUACCAAGUGCCUCAGGGCAAACAUAUUCAUGUCAUGUGCUGUGGAAACUAACCUUGUUUUACUUUAACAUUUUAGAUGCAAGCACUGGUGACUGGUGGCAGGAAUUAAACAAAGUAUGCUUUCUUUAAAAAAAAAAAAAAUCAUUUUAGUGAGCAAACAUUAAAUCAUACAUUUUAAUGGCAUUUAACAGACAUGUCAUAAAUAGAAAGACUUGGAAGUUGAUAUAAAAGUGAUGUUUGGCUUAAACAAAAAAGAUUAUCACUUUAUUCUCAAAGCUCAGGCUGCACAAUAACAAGCCCAGCAGGGAUUUAAUGGGGUCUCAACAAGUCUAGAGCUGAGCUGGUGCCACCGCAGAGCUUCACAUUGUGACAUUUCUCAGAGUUUGACACCUUCAGAAGCACAAACUCUGCAGUCACCGAGCCGAGACAAAACCUGUUCAGUUUCCACUCAUCUCAUCAUGAUGCAUAUUUCUGUUAGUAAUGUAUACUCAUCAUGGAUUUGAAUCUCACAGCUUUAUUGAACUUUUCAUUAUUUUCAACAACCAUGACUUCUGUAGCAUAAUUUUUGUACUUCUACAAAUUGAGUUCAGAUUUUUAUUCUAAGAAUUUGGUUUCUAAAAUCUGUGAAGUCUCAGAAAUAGAAAUCAUUUUGGUAGUUUUUCUCUUGAAUGCCCUUGUAGGUUUCUGGUUUCUCUCUUCUUGUGAUAAUUUAAGGUUAUACAGGAGACUUCCUAACUAACUACUAGGAACAUUUUCCUCACUACUCUUGCUAGAAAGCAGUCCCACAACAUCGUACUACCACUGCUAUGUUUGACAGUAGAUUAUGUCUACCUAGCAAGUGAUCUUUGUGUUACCAUAAAAUAUUCAAAUAGAGAGCAUUUUCUUUUUCUAAGUUGAUCAGCUGGAAACUUUGCUGUAACUAAAGGUGCUUAAAGUUGAUGACCGAGGUUUCUUUAUUUGGCAGCAGUCUGAUGUAAAACUGUUGUCAGUGACACAGGUUUAGAGUGAGACUGGUUAUUUGAUGGUUUCUGCCAGUUUGAGCUAUUUUUCUGCCAACCUAAUAGCAAGCCUUAAAGUAAUGUGUAUGUACGAUCACAUGUUUUGGAUUAUGACCUAUAGGUCUACCGCUAAGAAAUGAAUGUAGAGAUUUGUUCCUUUUCCUGGAUCUACUUUUGGACUUUCCUUGUUUUUGGGGUCGUUUGAUUCAAUGAUAGCUGCAGGAUGGUAGAAAAAGCACAGAAAGUUGGGAAAUGUUUUUAUUAAUUUUAGAAUUAUCACAUCUUUGACACUAUAAUUACCACUGAAAUAAUCAUCUAGGUAGGAAUAUGGAUAUAUUUGAUCCUGUGUCAUCUUUUGGAAAAUGUGUGGGAAUUUGGAUUGUCCACAACAAAUAAGGCUUAAUACAAUCUUUCAUUAUUUUUUCUAAACAAAAGAGCAGAUUUUAACCCAACAUGAUAUACAAGACAUCUGUAUGUCCACCAAAAUAAAGUGUGGAUGCAGAUUCCCUGCAGUUUUAGUAUUUUCCAAAAGUGAACAUCUCAAUUCACAUUUCCUUCAUUCUCCAUUUAUACCCUGUAGUUGAUGAAAUCAUUGAAGGGUUCAUGAGAAAAUAAUAACACAGGCUUUUUAAUUAAUCGUUUAGAUGCUUUCAUAAAGAACAGAAAGCUGCAGGUAUUUCCUUCAGUAAUGAAAAAUCUAACAAUCAUUUUCUCAAAACUGUCUUUACCUCACUUCUCACAUGCAUGCAUGCUAUUUCCAAAAAUACACAUACUAAAAUGUUUUUUUGUGAAUUAUGAUUCAAAAUUUCACUAUAAUCUCUCAUAUAAUAAACACUCUGUUUACAUAUACAUCACUGCAUGUACAAUAAUAUCUUGUAUUCCUGAAGUCUUUUCAUUUCUGGAUUCUGUAAAAAAAAAUCUCAUGAUAAAAUGUAUGUUGGGAAUUAUUUGAGUUGGGUAAAGCCUCUCCUUGUUGAUUAGAGCAGCAUAAGUGACAUGAGAAAUUUCUUGCUUUUCCAGUAAAUGACAUAUAAAAGAUGAUUCUAAGUUUAAAACUGUAUUAAAAUUCCUCACAAAUCAGAUCAAAUUUAUUAAAGCUUUUUUCUCCUUGUUUCUGAGGUACGUUUGAUUUUAAAUGUGUAGCAUGCUGCAAAGUACGUUUUAGUCGUCCAAGCCAUACAGUUGACUCAGGAUUGAUAUGCUGCAUCAUUGGGACACUAGAGCAUCAAUAGUAGCUCUGAUUAACCUAAAUGAAGGAAACAGAUGAUAGAUGAAGUGAUUUUAACAGCUCUUUAGUAGAGGAUCGUGUUUAAAGAAGUAGUAGUUUUGAUUUUUAAAAAUUAGAAUAAUAAAGUUAAAUCAACCUCUAAGUUUUAGCAUGUUCUUACAUAACAGAGAUGACCUGAACCCAAUGUAAAUACAGUCAGUUUUUGUGAGCGGUGCAUGAAAUUUGAUCACUGAAUGUACAGUUUGGUGAUAUUUUUUGUGGUAUUUCACAUAAUAAAAUCUAUUGACAACACCAAGAGACAAAUUGGACAGCUCUCACUAAAAGGAAUUCAUUAGUAGUCUCUGAAUAUACAAAUCAAAGUAUUUUGUGGCACACUUUGGUGGGAGGUUUCAAGUUCUUGUGAAGGGGGUGUUAAAAUUUAGCAAGUUGCAUAAACAAUAGUUUCUGAGCUCACAGUGCAGUUUUAUCUAAUGGCUUAUAUCCAUAUCUUUUGCAAAGAAAAAAAAAUUGAAAUAUUUGUUGGGAAAAAACAUAAAAUGGAACAGGCUCAAUGCAAAUCAAUUAUCUAUGCAAAGUCAUUUCAUAAACUACAGAAAUAAAACCUAUUGGUGCAAAACAAGUGAACAAUAUUGUACGACAGAAUGUUACUCAAAAUUGCUGUUGAACCUGAGGCUAAUGGUGUACUGUGAUUCAUGGGAGUUACGCAGCUUUACUAAAUCAUUAUCGUUCUGAUCAGUGUCUAUGGUUAAAAUAUGAGACUUUUAUUCCUAAUUAGUGAUUGUUAAAAGGCUUAAGGGAGGAGCAUCUUCUGUAGUUACCUUUUUAUUGAGCAUUAUUUAGCAUUGUAUGAUAAUGAUAUAAUCCGAAAAGAGAGUUAAAGUAUUUGUCUACAUCUGUCUGCUGGUGUAACUUGUGGUUCAAGCUUAUCAGAACCAGUUUGUUUGGACUGUAAGUAGCAAAUCAGUUCAAAAAUGUACUUGAAUGGGUGCAACUUUACAAUAAGACUUCCCUUAUAAGAUAUUCCUACUUAGCUAAACCAAUUACUCACAAGAGUUUAGAAACAGAAAUGAAGUCAGGCUUGUGUAUUGCUUUUCAGGACACUCAAAGACACUUUACAUAAAAUCAGUCAUUUCCAUUCACGCACACAUUCCCAUCUUGCCCAUUAACCAAUUUCCUAUGACUGCUUUAGAAUGGCUUAUAAAUUAACAACUUAUUUAUAACUGAUUUAUUUACUAUUAACCACUCAUAAGGGGAGUUCUGUUAUAAAUUUGUGCCCAUAAAUUGGUGAAAAUAUCGGAAUUGAACAUUGAAAUGUUUUCAUGUCUACUUAGAACAUUUUGUUAUUUUCUAAGUUAUACAUGGUAUGACCUUAUUAACGCUAAAGAUGGAGAUUGCAUAUGAUUCAUAUUUCAAAGAGGGAAUAUUUAGAUGUUUUGUUGUAACUUACUCGAAUUUACUUUGGAGUUGAGUGUAAAUAAAAGUCCUUAAAUAGAAUAAACUUUGUUCCCUAAUUAUGUUUAAAUCCAACAGUAGCUUGCUUAGCUUAAUCCUCACCUGCAUACAUGCUCAUAUCAGAAAGUAAACAUAAUGAGACUUAGCAUUGACACUGCAUAGUCACUGUUCCUCUGAAUGUUUAUGAUCAUUGUCUUGAGUUCAACUUUUUACAGGUUUUCCUUGUCUGUAAAUCUGAAUGGUCAAUAGAAUAUUUUUUAUAAUAGUUUUCUUUUGAUAAUUCUUCUCAAUUUUGUAAGUGGUUUUCCUAAUGAAAAAAUAAUAAUAAUACCAGGUAUUGGUACUUCAAUUUUGACUGUGUACUAGGGCAAUAUCAGCUCAGCCUUUCCAGAAACAAACUCUGAAUCACAAAAGGUAAAUGGUCCGAUAUCGGUGCUUCUUUUCUGAGCUCUGAAAUUGUUUGCUUUUUAAAACUAAAACCAAACUUAAUACAUUUGUUCAAACUGAUGAUAAUGUCUUCAGAUUUUGGGUCAGUUUUGAUUCAAUCUUAAGAUCAGUAGAUGGUGUUAUGUUAUUUUGUGUUGUCUGGUUUUGUUUUAUUUACUCUUACAUUGAUGUGGAAUGUAAAAUGUGAUGUAGAACAAUGAAUAUAGUUGUAUCAGACACUCAAUAAAUUGUGCUUACAUUUCUUGACA